AUUCCAUCUUCAAGUUCUUCUUGGAAGAGCAAAGAGAAAGUAAGCAUGGCAGAUAAGGCAUUAAAGGGUAUGAGCAAUCUUCUUAGGCUUCUACCCACUGGUACUGUCUUCAUGUUUCAAGUCCUUAAUCCACUCUUCACCAGUAAUGGACAUUGUCACACUGUCAACAAGGUCUUUACAGGUCUUCUCCUUGUCUUCUGUGCCUUCUCCUGUUGUUUUUCAUGUUUUACAGACAGUUACGUGGGGAGCGAUGGAGUGGUUCAUUAUGGGAUUGCAACUCUCACCGGCCUUUGGCCUUCACCAGCUUCAGAUUCUGUGAAUUUGUCAUCAUACAAGAUUAGAUUUGGGGAUUUUGUUCAUGCCUUCUGGACACUUAUUGUAUUUGCAGUGGUUUCUCUAUUGGACCCAAACACUAUGAACUGUUACUAUCCAUCGUUUGUGAUCGGUGAGAAGGUUUUGGUGAUGAUUUUGCCACCCGUGGUUGGUUUUCUUGCCAGUCUAGUGUUCUUCUGCUUCCCCAGAAAACGUCACGGGAUUGGGAACCCUGCAACCUAAUUAU